AGGACAAGCGGAUGACGCAGCACGCAUGACCCAGACACGGGUCUCUCCCAGGCACGUGAUCUACAUCUACGCUUUCUGGCUGUUUCUCCUCCGCCAUGCGUCCAGGGUAGGGAUCGCCAGUGCGCAGAAGUUGGGCCGGACGCUCGCUAAGAAUCACACUGCGUCUUGAAAUCCUCCGUUUUCCCGUUGGCCCGUCUCAUUGCAUGCUGCCUACUUACUUAUUCGGGAGCUCACAUGCGGAGGGCGUGGAGACUGGAGGCCCUGUGGACACGAUCAUCGGAAAUCGACGUCAUUUCGGCUCCCUACCUGGAUAUCCUUGUUUUUUUUUCAUAUCUCCUCAAUUGUUGUCCAGGUGCACCUGCAGUCGUCCCUGGGAAACUCGAUACUAUUUCAGCAAGAUUCAUGCAACCCCCAGGAGCCCCAGAAAGCUAGAUCUUCCAGCCGGACUCGCCUGCUAUCGAUCCAUCCCAAGGUGUUCGGACCUGGGCCGACCGAUCUUCCCAGGCUUCCUAGACUUUCGGGAGCACGCCGAUCGGGGCUCAUGUCCGUGCUUUCAUUUGACUGCACGCGGGCGUCAUGGCGCGCCGUGCACAUUACCAACUAGGGCUUCACCGAUCCAGUCGGAUAAUAGCCUCACCAGGGGCGGGUGACCGCUAUACAGGAUUUAUAACCACGAAAAAGAGCUCUCUAGCACACAUGGUGCCCACAACACGCGAGGCAGUUCUCCCGCUGAAUGUGAAUCCGACCUAAUGUGAAGCGAUCCAAGAGUGUGCUCGAGACGUACAUUCAUCACGGGCAGAAACAGUAUAUGCGUCAAGUCUCCCUCGAUUUGCAGUGAUUUAUCUACUUAGUCGUAUUAUUGAUUCAUUUCACCAAGGCACGCAUCCAUUUUCGCACUGAUUGUCAUGUCUAAAAGACUUGAGUCUGUUUUGGUAGCAAUGCUUACACCACAAGACACCGACGUUUGC